CUCCACCUACCUCGGCCGGCCUCUCCGCCCCUGCGGGGCUCCCGCGCCCAGCUCGGCCCCGGGGGUCCGGGAACCCUGGCUUCGGGGAGUGGCAUUUGCACCCCAUUAAGAAAUCCUCCCGGGGGUGGGGGCGGAGGCCAUCUGCUUAUGGGUGGACACGGGCCAGGGGCUCCUCUGCUGAGAUGAGAGUUGUCCUGAGAGGGGUGGCCGGCUCUUUGGGUCCAGAGUUGCGGACCCCCAGGAGAACACAGGUCGCGGGGAUCAGCAGAGAGAAGGGGGUGGAAGAAGGGGGAAAAAAAAAAAAAGCCAGGAAAAAAAGCCCCUGCGCAUUGAUCCGCGCCGUAUUUUUGGGUAAAUACGAUCACGUGGGGGCCGGGGAGCCAAUGAGCUGCGGGGAAAAGGCUGGAAAAAUAAUUACCUGCCUUGAUUGUUCUGUGAGCAGAUAAAAAGUACAUAUACAGUUCAUACAAUAAUCUUAUGUAUGUAAAACCCUGUUACGAUGUCGGCGACGGGGCCCAUCAGUAACUAUUACGUGGACUCGCUCAUCUCUCACGACAAUGAAGACCUCCUAGCGUCCAGGUUUCCGGCCACGGGGGCUCACCCCGCCGCCGCCAGACCCAGCGGUUUGGUGCCGGACUGUAGCGAUUUUCCGUCCUGUAGCUUCGCGCCCAAGCCGGCCGUGUUCAGCACGUCGUGGGCGCCCGUGCCCUCGCAGUCGUCCGUGGUCUACCACCCGUACGGCCCCCAGCCCCACCUCGGCGCCGACACGCGCUACAUGCGGACUUGGCUCGAGCCGCUGUCCGGCGCCGUCUCCUUCCCCAGCUUCCCGGCCGGGGGCCGUCACUACGCCCUCAAGCCGGACGCCUACCCCGGGCGCCGCGCCGACUGCGGCCCGGGCGACGGCCGCAGCUACCCGGACUACAUGUACGGCUCGCCCGGGGAGCUGCGCGACCGCGCCCCGCAGACCCUGCCCUCGCCCGAGGCGGACGCGCUCGCCGGCAGCAAGCACAAAGAGGAGAAGGCCGACCUGGACCCCAGCAACCCCGUGGCCAACUGGAUCCACGCCCGCUCCACAAGGAAGAAGCGCUGCCCCUACACCAAGUACCAGACGCUGGAACUGGAGAAGGAGUUUCUCUUCAAUAUGUAUUUAACCAGGGACCGUCGGUACGAGGUGGCCCGGGUUCUCAACCUCACCGAGCGGCAGGUCAAAAUCUGGUUCCAGAACCGCAGGAUGAAGAUGAAAAAAAUGAAUAAGGAGAAAUCCGACAAGGAGCAGUCCUAAACCCUGCGCCAGCCUGCUGCCCGGCGCAGCCAAGGGAGAAACAAACCCCGCAGAAAUGCCCCAACCCAGGCGGGAGGCGGCCCGAAAGAGAAAAGGAAAGAGCAAGAGAGAGAAAAGCCAGGCGGCUUAAA